GAAGAAGCCACACACGAAAAGCUAACUGAAACCCACUCACAGAGGUUCUUCAUGUGAGUCCUUCUACUACAGCCAUUUUCCCAUUGAAUGGAACUUCUGGGUAUCCUAAUGAGGCGGGAAACUCCAGAGCUCUGUACUUCCCGUAAGAAUGAGGGACAAGAGGGUUAUAUUGGGCAAUGUAAGUCCAAAACUGAGUGGAUGCCCUGGAGAAAUCACUGAGGGAGGUUUUAUUAUUCCUGCUGUCAACUCAGACACAAGCCUCAGAGCCAGAUUCAACUCUGCCUGCAGCACAGAGUCAAGCUGCUGCGAAGAGUCUCAGCUGCCUAAAUACACAGCCGAACACUGGCUCUGCUAAGUUAGAUGCUUUCAUAUCUGCUGAAGAGGACGUCUGGUAUAUGUGAAUAGGUAAAACCACUUCGGACUCCCCUGAUGGCUCCUUCCAGAAAGUUAGUCCUGCUAUUGCAGCUCCUCAGCUGCAUAUCAGCUGGUCUUGCCUGUUUCUGUGACCGAUACCCAUGGAGUUCCUGGUCCGCCUGCUCCAAGACCUGUAACCAUGGUACACAGCAGAGACAGAGGAACUUUCAGAUGGAUGAGUAUUUCUGGAAGAGCAGCUGCUAUCAGCUGUGUGAGACCUACGACACGAGAAGCUGUAACGAGCAGACCUGUCCAAUCAACUGCUUGCUGAAUGAGUUCGGGCCUUGGUCCGACUGCUCGCCCUGUGCCAAGAAACAGUUUCGGACCCGGUCUGUCCAGAGGCCGUCCCAGUUUGGUGGAUCAGAGUGCAGCCCGGAGCUGACAGAGGAGAGGCCCUGUUACCCCUCCACAGAGUGCAAGAUAGCACCCAUCGACUGCAGAGGCGAAUUCAAGUGUGACAAUGGACGCUGCAUCAACUCGACGCUAACAUGCAACAGACAGAACGACUGUGUAGAUAACUCUGAUGAAAAGGACUGCGUCAACCCCACAAUUGUGUGUCCAACAGAGAGGAGAGUGGCCCCCGGGGCUGACCUGGUGGGCAAUGGGUUUGAUGCUCUAGCAGAGGAGCCGAGGGGAGCGGUGCUGGACAACAUGUUUAUGGGUGGAAGCUGUGAAAUCAGGAGGCCUCCGACCACACAGCUCUACCAUCGAGUACCUCACAACUUCAAGAGCUUUGACAUCAAGGUUGGACAGGCAGAGGACUUCAGCACUGAGCCCCAGCAGGUCCACGUGGAUCCCGUCAAUGUGAAGAGAUCCAGUUCAAGAGGACGUGGAGGGGUUGGAUAUGCCCUUGCCCUCUUCCCCUUUUUUUUCCACUUUAGGUUUUGGAUUGGUUUGAUCUCCAACAAAGAGGCUUUUGACGCUUCAAAGAAAGCAGACUCCAAGUUUUUUCGGGUGCACCAGGUUCUGCCCGUGUCCACAUUCGAGGUGAAGGACCCGGAAGACCUUGUCCUGUCGCAGCCUUUCCUCCAGUUCCUCCAUGCUCUUCCUCUUGAUUACAACUACGCCCUCUACAGGGACAUCUUCCAGCGCUUCGGGACACACUACUACAGCUCGGGGACACUCGGAGGCCACUAUGACCUGCUGUACCAGUACAACCGGCAGGAGCUCACCAGUUCAGGCGUAACAGAGGAACACUUCAGAAGCUGCCUGGGCACGGAGACCACUUGGACCAUCCUCCUCUACACAGAGCACCGCAGGGUGACCCGAUGCUCUAACGACAGGAUGACUGAGAGACAUCAAGGCUCGUACAUUAAGUCAGCAGAGAAGUCUUUCUCCAUGGUGAGAGGAGGAAGAGUCAGAGAGGCAGCAGCUCUGGCCUGGGAGAGGCAGGGCCCUGCUCCAGACCGGCAAUCCUACAAUAACUGGGCCAAGUCUGUUCUUGACAACCCUGUUGUGGUUGAUUACAAGCUGCUGCCGAUCAUAGACCUGGUUCGGGGUAUCCCCUGUGCUGUCACAAAGAGAAGACACCUGAUGAAGGCCCUCCUGCAGUACCUGGAGGAAUUUGAUACUUGCAAGUGUGCUCCGUGUCCCAACAACGCAAGGCCAGUUCUCUCUGGCACAGAGUGCAAGUGUGUUUGCCAGACUGGCACCUUCGGCACCAACUGUGAGAGGCGGGCUCCUGACUACACCUCAGAGCAGGUGGAUGGUUACUGGAGCUGCUGGGGACCGUGGAGUCAGUGUGGAGCCUCCAUGAAGAGACAUCGAAAGAGGCAGUGUGACAACCCCGCCCCCCUCAGAGGAGGCCAACCCUGCGAUGGUCCUGACAGACAGGAAGAAUCAUGUCACAUCUCCCUCUUUGUAAAACAGGAGACGUGUGACAGUGAUGAUGACUUCACCGUGGGCUGGAGGGACGAGCUGCCCCCUGGUGUGCAGGGCUGUCUGAGGCCACGGGCGCCUGACAACAGCUUCCUCAGGAAAUCGAAACAGUAUUAUAACUUUGGUGAGGAUGAGGAGUUCCAGUGCUUCACUGGAUUCGACCUGGAGGGUUUUCAGUUCAUCAACUGUCUUCCCGAUGGAAGCUGGAGUCAGCCGAACGGAAAAUGCAUCAGAAAAGUCUGUCUUCCUCCUGAGAUCCCUAAUGGGAUGUCACUGAUCCCCAACAAAGACGAGUACAAAGUGGGGGAAUCAGUGAGUUUGAACUGUAAUGAGAUCGGCUUAGUACCGCUGCCACAGAGCCUCUACAAAUGCGGCAACAGCUUCACCUGGGAGCCUCCAUUAUCUGCUGACCUACGCUGCUCUGACGAGGAACCGUUUGUUCCUGAGGGUCAGUGUGGUCCAGGAGAGAAACUUCAAGGCUCUCAAUGCGUCUGUAUCCAACGGGAUAAAUGCUUAUCACACCCAGCCACUCUCUGUAUCCUGAACGUAGAUGUCAACAGCACCGUAUCAAUGUCCCUCUGCUCCUACAACACCGGUCGUUGCCACGGUGAUCCACUCUUUUUCGUCAGUGAAGGCGAGUGCGACGCGGUCGAUCCGGGGAAACUGGAGUGGGCCAAGUUCAGAGCCACAAUGUCCUCCAAGAGCUCUGUUCAGGAGCCCUGUGACCUUGACACCUGUUACGAAUGGGAAACUUGCUCUGCAUCAAAGAAGUGUGAGUGCAGAUCUGCUCGGGACUGCCCCAGAGUCCAGGAGAACUUGUUCUGUGUGAAGCUGACCAGGGCCCAGAGGACUCGCAGUCUGGACCUUUGUUCUAUGGGUGCUCUCAAAUGUGCCAGCUAUGAGUUUGAGAUUCUCAAUGAAGGCACGUGUGAGUCCAGAUGAUUCUACUAAAGCUUUUCUGUGCCAUUACACUCAACCUCUGAAUUCAUCUAACAGCGGCGUGUUUAAGAUAAGUUUCACCACCGCUGGAAAAACUGUGAAAAUUACUGCACAGUUGAUAAUACAUAUGAUUUACUCUAACAUUUCUUUUUCCACCACAGUGUUCACUGGAACCACAAAUUUAGGUAUGCUAUAGACCUUAGUACACACUGCACCACUUAAAUCUUCCCAAAAAAUUACAUUAUAUUUAUAAAAGCAUAAAAUAUACAAAGUUGGUAUGACUUCAAUAGAAGACAGUCAAUUUGGUGGACAUUGGGGUGAAUGAUGGGCUCGAGUUCAGGGGCCACUAUAAUAUCUGUUUUUCUAAAACGUUACAUUACAAAGAUCAACAAAGCACAACAAUGUAAUCUGUCUGAUUUUUGACAAACAGGUUCCAAAGUACGUUUUGGCAUCAGAUUAGUUAAAAAAUAAGAGACUCAUUCUCAAAAGUGGGUUUCACAUAUUUCUCAAAAUUGUUCACCACUGGUGCUUGAACCCCAUAAUUAGCAGCUUAACACGUGAUACACAAAUUCAUGGAAGCACAGACGUCUUUCAUUUUGUAGAUACGGUGAAAAGAAAGCACAGUGAUGGUACUUUAUUGUGAGUAGGCCCGCAGACAACAUUGUGCUUUUGACUCAAGAUGAUCAGCACUGAUGAAGAUUGUUUGUGACGCAGUGAAUCGGCCAGAACUUCACCUAACUUGUCUGUUGACCUGAUCUGAGGACAGAGGAGGCAGCUGUAGUCAGUCAGUCAAGUCUAAUUACAGAGACAGAGUGGAAUAUUUACCCUGCCAAAUGUUCUUUACAUGAAAUAAAAAAAAAAUCAUAUUUUUUUUUUUGUUGUUGUUCAAUUUUUACAGUAUGUACCUCUUACUGCUCCUCUUGCUACAGACUUUUGUAUUUAAUCACAUUUAUGUGACCGAGCAACUUCCAGGUCCUCAAGACUGAGACUAAACCUGGAACCAGAGACCAGAAUACCAAAACUAGACAUUUUACUUUUAUGGCUUUAGUGUAAAAAAAGAAAAGGCCCUGCAAUAAUACAAUAAAUAAUCACUAUGGGUUUACACCACAAAAAUGCCUGCACAGCACAUAUUCUGAUAAACCUUGUAAAUGCUUCAAAUCAUGAAUAAGAAAAUUCCACUUAUUUUAAAUUAUCUCAACUUAUUACUGGUUAUUUGCUAAAUUGUGUAGUUCAUAAAGCUGAUAAGUGACCAAGAAAAAAACUGACCCUUUCAAAUAUUUGAUAUUUUAACAAACAAAAGACAACAAAAGUAUAUUCUAAAAAGUGUUUUAUUAAUGUUCUUUAACCAAAGCAAAGAUAUGCAAAUGCAAAUGUUGUUAAUCAUCCAUCAUCCUUGACAAAUAUAAAAAGAGAACCACAGGACGGCAGAGGAGCCUAUUUACAUCAUUCAAAAGUAAGAAAAAAUAUUAACUUCUAUUUACAAUUCAGUCAUUAAAAAAAAUCCUGCUAUGUUAUGUUACAGUGUGAUACUUCUCAGCAAAUAAAACAACAACCAUCUUUAUUCUG